UUAUUUAAUUGUAUUGGUAUGAGAUACGAGUAGGUUAACGCUUCGACAUUCGUACAAAUUCGAUUUUCAAAUAUGUUUGUCUUUAGUCACAUUUCCCCCUCACUCGCAGCGUGCCUGCCAAAACACGUCUGUACAGGCAGCAGAACUCUUCGGUCAACCUUAGAGCAAUGUAAUAUUCCGUCGUAUCUUCAGCAGCCAAUUUAAUCACAUUCUUUAGGGAAAGGCGUCCGCCAAAAUUGGAGCUCGUUAACAACCGAGCGACAGGGCCAGGCACGAUGACGCUCAAGGUUCUUUUACCGAGUAAAGUUUACGUAUUGAACGAGGAAGAAGUACCAUCAGUCACCACUCCGGAAUCUGACGUCGUUAAUGUUAAGCCUGAAAAUUAUUACAGGCGUUUAAUAUCAAUAAAGGACAUACAAAACGACGCUGGAGCCAGGUUAAUAUCUCCAGUGAAACGAAAAUGUCGGUACACAGAUGAAAAUAAUAUAGAGGUGUACCCGUAUUAUUCAUAUACGGCAUGCACAGUUCAAUGUAGGAAGGAUGCUCAACUGCGACUGUGUAAUUGCACCAACUUUUACAUGCCUAAUGUUGAGGAACACUUGAAAUGCAAUAUGACUGGGGUUAUUUGUCUUUAUAAUAACUUGAAUACAUUGUCGGUACUCAAAGCACGUUGGUCGUCAAGAACAGGUCUAUACUGCGACUGUCUACCAUCCUGUACUGAGGCAGAAAUAUCUACAGUGAAAGAUUUCGAGUCAGAUAAAUAUAACGCCUCAGUAGCAAUAGAGCUUGCCUUUCUUCCCACUGAGAGAUAUAGGAGGAACGUUGUACGCGGUGCUUUAGACUUAGUUGUUUCAACAGGUGGCACGGGUGGUUUAUUUCUUGGCACGACUAUACUCAGCUUCGUCGAGUUGAUCUACAUUAUACUAAUACGUCCCUUCUGCAACAUUUACAUCCAACGAUAUAAGGACCCUUGGCAUGAAAAAUAUGGUCGGAAACUAGAAGACAACAAGUUUAUUCAACUUCGCUUGAAGCGCGAGUCUCUAAAAUUACAAACGUUUACUUAAAAAUAUGUGUUAAGAUACUAGAUCUUAUCUAGACCUCUAUAUAUUUUCCGUCAGGUAAAUCGUACGUGUAUUAGCCUUUUAUAAGUAAACUAGCUG